UGUCGCAUGGGGAAGAGUACCGUGCAUGAAAUGGGCCAAAUGGGUCAAAUGGGCCGCAUGAACUCUCCAAGGAUUGAACAUCAAGCUGGACGAUGGGCAUCCAGAGGAGUCUAUGCGCAAAAAGCGGUCACCGUAUCGGGCGAAUACACCUGACAAUAAGUAUGGCGACGCUAGACACUUGCACGCAACUCUGCGGCGGUGAGGUCGGUGUGUGGCAUGAUAACCGUUCUCGCUGUUCACGACACUUCACUUCAGAUCCCCACUUACUGAGAGUUUGGAUUGGCGGUCAACGUUCCUGUAUUCAACACUCACGACAUGAUGCCCAUCUAUACAAGACGCCCGAUCACGCUCGCAUGUUCAGUCACACUGGCAAGUUAUGCUCGACGAUCGUCUUUUUCACUCUAACACGUGACCUGAGUUGCAGCGCAUUUGACCUCAUUGAAUCAAUCGCACUACUUGAAACGGACUGUUGGGCAAAGAUCUCUGCUCUCUCAAUUUUCGCAUACCUACAUACGAUAUGUCGCUGUACAUUCGAACCACUACAUCUAUCUCCGGGCUUGAUAGUAGCUAAUCGUGUUCAUAUAUUAGAUAGGAAAUCCAUAUUUAUAAUUCCUCCAGGGACAGGCAUUAUUGUGUCAAUGCCACAUAGUUGCGUUUUGAGCCGCCGGGAGAGGAGCUGCCGUUUCGUGCAGGCGAGGCGCGCCUUGACGGAGCAAUCCAAUAUUCAACGGCUAGAAGGCCCGUGUUUCCGGAGAACUCGGCGCUCUAGUCAAUCUGCCGUAGUCAUACAAACUGGCUAUUUCCCCGUCGCGCAAGAUAAUCAUGCAAAGAAUAUUAGACGUUGUGAUCCUCAUCCGUAUGAAUAGGAAAUCCGUGUGAACAUCGUAUAAGAGCCAUCUGUUGUGGUAUAAGGCUUGAUUGAGCAAUUGCAGAUCCAAUGCAAGCCGCCUGAUCUGCCCCAGAAUCGAUCCCGCAGACUUAAGUUAGGUUUUAGCGGUUC